AUGCCGACGAGCGUCGUCCUUCAGCUCGUCACCGAGUUCGACUACAUCAUCGUUGGCGGGGGCUCAGCCGGGUGCGUCCUCGCCAAUCGCCUGAGCGCCGACUCGAGCAACUCCGUGCUGCUGGUGGAGACUGGACCAAAAGACCGCGGGCUCCUCGACUCCAUCCGCCUGGCGAUGCCCGCCAUGCUCACGGCCAACCUCAUCGACGAGCGCUACAACUGGAACUACGUGACGGAGCCGCAGAAAAACUUGAACGGCCGACGUCUGACGUGGCCUCGAGGGCGGGUGCUCGGCGGUUCGUCGUCCAUCAACGCCAUGAUCUACAACCGAGGACACGCCCUGGGCUACGAGGACUGGAAGAACUCUGGCGCGGCAGGCUGGGGCUAUGCGGAUUGCCUGCCCUACUUCAAGAAGGCGCAGACGCAUGCCCUCGGCGCUGACGACUACCGAGACCAGCCGCUGUACCAGACGUUCCUCGACGCUGCGGUGCAGGCCGGGUAUCCGUUUACAGAGGACGUGAACGGCUACCAGCAGGAGGGCGUGGGAUCUAGCGCGUCGGCUGCGUAUCUGACGGAUUCGGUGCUGUCGAGGGAGAACUUGACCGUUCUGACCGACACGUUCGUCAACAAGCUGGUGUUUGAAGGGAAGCGCGCUGUUGGGGUGGAGGUGGAGCCUUUCAAAAAAUCUGGAGACCAAGUACCGAGACGAAUUCGAGCGGCGAAAGAGAUCAUUUUGUCUGGCGGCGCCGUCAACUCGCCGCAGCUUCUCAUGCUCUCGGGGGUGGGAGACGCCCAGCACCUGAAGGAAGUCGGUGUGCCGCUCGUGCACCACCUCCCAGCCGAGCACCUGGGCGUGUACCUUCACGUCAAGUGCAAGAAGCCGAUCACGCUCUACCACGCGACGCCCCAUUUCCCCCACGAGAUGGCGUGGAUGGGGCUUCAGUGGCUCACGUCCAAGACCGGGGCCGGCACCUCGUCACACAUUGAAGCUGGGGGCUUCAUCCGCAGCGCGCCGGGCAAGCGGCACCCGGAUCUCAAGUGGCAAUUCGUCCCUGGUGCCAGCGACAAAGACCGCCAGCUCCUGCUAGAUGGCCACGCCAUGAUGCUGCAUUGUACAACACUGCGCGCGACGAGCCGAGGCUUCAUCAAGCUGCGAAGCGCCGACCCGCGCGCGAGUCCCAUCAUCGAGCCCAACUAUCUCGACACGGAGACCGACCGGGUGGACCUUCGCAAUGGCGUGAGAUUGACACGCGAGGUGCUCCAACAGCAGGCCUUUGACGAGUUCCGGGGCGAUGCCGUCUCCCCGUCCGACCUCGUGCAGUCGGACUCGGAGAUUGACGCCUGGGUUCGACAACACGCCAGCACGGACUACCACCCAUCCAGCACGAACCGCAUGGGCCUGGAGAGCGACGCCAACACCGUCGUGGACUCCCAGGCAAGAGUGCACGGGCUGGAGGGACUGCGCGUGGUCGACGCGUCCAUCAUGCCCAACAACGUCAGCGGGAACCUCAACGCGCCGACCAUCAUGCUGGCCGAAAAGGCUGCCGACAUGAUCCUUCGGCAAUCCAGCGCUGCCCACGUCAUCGCCCCUAUCUCCGAUUUCUUUUACGUUUGCCCAAAGUGA